UCAGAUUCAACAGGCCUGGGCUGUGUAAUUCUAAACAAACAUGGAGGAUGUUAUAGUGAGCGUAUGAUAUAUUAGGUUAAAAUCGCCGUGAGAACUAAUUUUUGUGUAUGUUUUCCAAAUUUCCUAAGGGACCUUCUUGAAGCAUGUAUUUUUCCCGCAAGAUUCAUUUUAAUCUCGGGUGGAAGCCACUAGGAAGUGGAGAUAUUAAGCUAUAGUACAUUUCCCCUGUUGAAACACUACUAAACGUGGCUGUCAAGAGACCCCAGGGACAUUAAUGGCAGCUUCUGUCCAGGAGUGCAGUGGAGAAGACAUGGGUGUGCCUUCAGAUCCCAAAGUCCAGGGGUUGGCUACUACAGAGCACACAGAACAGGCCAGUGCUGAGGGCCCUGAUCAGAACAACAGACCCUUAGAGACAAAAAGAGAUAACUCAGCCCCAGAAGAGCAUGUGAAUCCAGGAGCAAAGUCCAAAAAGAAGGAAAGGAUUUUAAAGAAAGUCACAACUGUAAAUCAGCUGCUGAAAGAAAAUGGUACUGAAACCGGUGCUCAGUCUCAUGAAGACACGGCUAAUGGUUCAGUAAUGGAUCUUGCUUUAGGAUGCUCUGCACAACACCAAAACACUGAAGAAGGUCCCAGCCAGCUGAAGGAGACUCCUCAGACUCUUCCUAGUGUGUCUGAAAACAUGUCGCCUGCUCCCCGCCAGCGAAAGAAAUUAGGGCGAUCCCGAAAAAACCCCACUCCCAAGAAGCUGCAAACAGAACCCCAGCCCUCAGACCCAGGGCCAGAUGAAAGUGAAAUGGCGGACCAGACCCAGACACCACCGCCCAAGGUGUACAAGAAGAGAGGCAGGAAGUCUAAAGCAGAAUUGAUGGCUGUCAAACUUGAAAAGGGGCUCACAGGGACCCCUGAGCCAGUGGACAAGAAGAAUGCAGAAAAGACUCUCAUAGAGGAGGAGGAAACAACCUCUGGAGGCAGACCGAAGAGGAGAGCUGCCAAGGCUGCUCUGUUGUACCUCCACAACCUGGCUGAAGAGAUGGGUGCCACCCCUCAUUCCUCAGCACCAGAGCGAGCCACAGCCAAGACCGAGCCGGGCUCUGAGCAGACCCGGAAAUCGGGAAGAGGGAGGAAGAGGAAGAAAAUGGAAGAUGACGGCUCCGACGACGUGAGCAAGGAUGCUGACUUUGUCCUUUCAGAAGCUGCUGAAGAGACAGAUUCUGAGGACGCAGUUGCCUCUUGUAGCGAUUCCGAUGCUGACGUGCAGGACCUGAGGAACAAAGCAUGCAGCACACCCUCUACUCCCCAUACUAGAUCAAAGUUUGUUGGCUUGGCCGCAAAUGGUUUACCUAACAAUAUCAUGGGCCCUGUAUGGAUUUGUACCCACCUGACCAAGGAAUUCCGUGAAGAGCACCAUUCUUCAUGGGUUUUUCCUGAAUGGAUUCCUUCGGUGAAGGAUUGGAACUUUUUGUCCUCAAGGGAUGCAGAGAAGUACUUACCCAAAGAAGAACAAUCUGUGCCCUUUAGGAUAAACCGAGAGGGUUAUAAAGAAGACCCAGGCCUCCAUACAAUAAGAAGGUUUGAUUCCUUGUCCUCCCACCCUGAGCGCUGGGACUCAAUGUUCUUUGUGGGAGGCCCUGUGUGGUCUAUGGAGUGGUGUCCUUGCCCAGAAGGGGCGGCUGCUAGCCAGUAUGCUGCCAUAUUUUGCAACAGGGAUAUGGAUGAAAGACACCGUAUAGUGGAAACCCACGCUGAGCCAGCACUACUGCAGAUCUGGGAAGUGGGUGACCUGCAGCAUGACACCUGCCCCUCAACUAAACCCUCCUUUGCAUAUGGAAUCGCUUUGGACAAUGGCUGUAUAUGGGACAUGAAGUGGUGCCCAAGUGGAACAUGGGAGCUACCGUCAAGUAUCAGAAAGGUUCCUCAAAUGCCAAGGCUUGGGCUGCUGGCUGCAGCUUUUUCAAAUGGAACAAUUGCUGUGUUCAGUCUACCACACACAGAAGCCUUAGUUAACUACAGAAGAACUCAGUGUAAAGGAGCUGUAAGCCAGGCUCCAAUGAUAUGCCAGGUGCAGUGUGCUGCUGUUUUGAAGGUGGGGUCCAUACAUGCCAGCAGUAAUUCACACUGUGGUCAGUGUUUCUGCCUGGACUGGCUGCCAAUGAAACCCCAUAAUAUCUUGGCGGCUGGCUUCUAUGAUGGUUCUGUGGCCUUUUGGAAUCUGGCUACUAAAUCCCUGCUGCAGAGAGUGCGUGUGGGGAAUGACCGUCUCACUCUGUAUCCCUACCACUGUUUUAUAGCACAUGAUCAUGCUGUGCGUGCAGUCAACUGGUGUAAGGUCAGCAGUAAUUUUAUAGUCACAGCCAGCGAGGACAGGAAGGUGAAGUUCUGGGACCUCAGAAGGCCUUACGAGCCCCUUAAUGUCUUCAAACGCUACCUCACAACAGAGAUCUCAUGGUUGCUGUACUGGUGUGGAGUCUGUGUUGCCCAGGAGAACUGCUACACAACUUAUGGGAUGAAUGGUGUCCAUUACAUUGAUGCUGGAUACACGGGAUCAAAGCCAUAUUUUGUCGCUCCACGACGGGGAACAGUAUGGAGCAUAUCUGGUUCUGAUUGGCUCAAUACCUGUGUGACAACAGACAGUACCGGAGAGCUGUUGAUGAUGUUGCUUGCAGACAUGUCUCAAAACCCCUAUAUUAAGCGCCCUAUGGAUCGCAGAUUUCCUAUCUAUAGGGUGGAACUUGUUCCAUAUGGUACUGAUUCAAAGGUACAAGAAGAAGACAACAAGAAUCCUGUGAAUACAGGACAGGUCUGCGAGCCUCAGACAUAUGGAGAAGCCAUUAAGAAGUACUACUUGUUGUUCCGUGAUACCGAUAUGAGGACGUUUAAGAAUGCCUCCAGCCGAGAACCUAUGAAGCACAUGCAAGCCACAGAAACAAAAGGUGCUUUGGCUCUGGACAGAAUGCCUCUGGAUGCCUUGUACAAGGCCCGCUUCAACCCCAACCUUGGAGCGCAUGGCUGGGUCUUGUCUGCAGGGCAGUCUGGCAUCGUCCGUGCACACUGUCUGAGAGGAAUGAACAGCCCUGUUAUCACAAAGCUUGUCCGUGAGAGCCAAGCACAGUUCAAUGCCAUGUACCAGCCUCAGGGAGACACAGCCAACGAGUUCAUCGUCACUGCUGUCCAACACAGAGUGGAAGCCAUUGUAGAGGUGCAGUGACAGCCUGAGGGGAGCAAUCCACUGCUGUUUGCAGAACUUGGGGAAACAACACAGAGCACUUGAAGGAAAAAAGUACUUCAUGGAUUAUCUGUUCUCUUUUUAAUAACUGCCUUCUUUCUUGAGAUCGUACAUCUUGUCAAGUGUGGUUUACAGUAUUGGUGAUGGUCUCAUGCACUUGUCUUAUGUUUUAAUAGUUUUGUUUUUAUAAUUAACUUAUUUCAACUACAGCUAAAAUUAUUUUCAUAAAAAACAGAAAUGUUAGUCUUCUUAUUUUUUAUACGCAUUUUAGUGUAAAUGAACGGAGACCAUUUUAAAGCUAAGCUUUUUGUUAAAAAGCAAGAACUUUUUUCUUGUUAAACAGAAACAAAAAGGAAAACUUUAACACUGUAGAUAUUUCAUAUCUGGGCUAUGUCCCAUGACAGUUUUGAUUGUUCUGGCAUGUGGCAUAUAUGUAGUGUAAUUCUUUAGUUUAAAGCAGCAUUUUUUGCAUAUUCAUCAUUGUGAUUUUAAUCUUAAAAAUCCCUUUAUAUCUUUUCUGUACCCACUUAAAUUCCUUCCUGUUGUUUAGCAGCACAAACCAGAAAACCCAGAACACUUGACCCCAUAUGUUCUUGACAGAUUCAUGUAAAAGAGAGAUCAAAUUUAAAAGGAGCAAAAACCUCAGUCAUAGAAGUUUCUGUGUAGAAAUGCAGUAGCUUGCAAAGAGAAGUAUUUUAUGUUGAAAAGCUAGAAAUAACAGAAAGAGAUGAUGAAUCUGAAAUAUGUAAAAUUUGGGAAGCAAAGCAGAAAUUUUAGUAUGAAGAAUUAAAAUGAUUUAUUUCCAUGAAAACUCCCACUUAUUUUGCAAUAGAUUUUUUGCACUUAUCAAUACAUUUUCUGUAUGUAAUCAGAGCACAGAGCUACUGUAUGCACAAUAUAUUCAAUGUGUUAUUGCUGACAAGUGUUUUUAUUUCUUUAGAAAACAAAGAUUAAGUUCCAAAUCAACAGCCCAAAAAUAAUCUUAAUAAAAAGUUUUAAUUAGAAAUCACUUUUUAGAGAAAGCAGAAAUUCUGUGAUUAAAAUUCAUACAAUUACACUUUACGAUUAAAACAAAUUAAUUAAUGCUUAACUUGUUUUAGUCUUUUCCUUGAAUGUGCAGGGUUUACGAUUUACCUGUUUUCUUUGUUAUUGAAAUUGUAUCCAUAAAAAUGGUACCUCAUGCCAUUAAGCUAAAUUGGAAGUGUAAAAUGACUCUGUCCCAUGAUUUGGUUAUAUGUUUGUAAUAGAAAUCCAAGAAGUUACACAGAGCCCAAAGCUGUUCUGGUUUAAGUAGGUACUGUACAAAGUAUGAAACUUUGUGUUUUCUGUCUUCUCCAUCACAUCAAUUGAUAUAUUUUAUUAUUACAGUACCACUCAUCUGCCCUCUCUAGUCUGUUAGAUUGUUCUACCCUUUUUUUUCCAGUGUCUUGUUCUUGACUACGGCAUUGGCAUUAUUACUGCUGAGUCAUCUCAUCAUUCACAUGACAGUGGUUCUAGUUUAUUUUGAGGCACUUAAGUAAACUACUGCUUAGAAGGACUGAUUAUGCAGUUUUGUGUGUGAUUUGUGUUUCUAACUGGAGAAUUUCUAAGCCACUCUUAAAAAGAUGUUUAUUUUUUAUGCAGCCAGAAAACAGGUUAGACCUUUAAGACGAUGCUUGAUUAUUUUAUUCUUGCUCUGAUGUACAUCAUAGCUCAGGUCCUCUGAGCAGUAACAUUUCAGCUGGCAUAUUGCUGACUUAUUACUGGUUUUGUGGUCGUAUACAAUAGAUCUACAUUUUUGUCAUUGUAACAUGCACAACCUGUUUCUUCAACAUAAUCAAUUUAAGGAAUGUUCUUUUAGUUCUUCCCCAGAUAAUUGUUAUUCUAGUUAUGUUGGAGUCUUCAUACAAAAAUAUAUUUCUAAUAAUAAACUGUCCCUAAAUGGGUACAAUCUG